GUUCUAAGAUUUCGGAAGCGCAUCUGAGUUUAGCUUAGUUAAGAGUGAAGAGGACACUGAACCGGAAUGGAAUCGACGACGUCGUUUUUGAAAAACAGAUACUGGGUUUUGAGGCAUGGCAAGAGCAUUCCAAACGAGAGAGGCCUCAUCGUUUCAUCUCUGGAAAAUGGGAUUUGCCCAGAAUAUGAAUUGGCAUCGGAAGGUGUAAACCAAGCACAAAUGGCUGGACAAUUGUUCCAAAAGGAACUGAAGGAAAAUAACAUCCCACUCGAAAACAUUCGCAUUUGUUACUCUCCAUUUUCAAGAACAACUCAUACUGCUAAACUAGUAGCAUCUGUUCUUGGCAUUCCAUUCGAAGGCGAUCAAUGCAAGGUUAUAGAAGAUCUUAGGGAGCGUUACUUUGGCCCUUCAUUUGAACUAAAGUCACAUGACAAGUAUGCAGAGAUAUGGGCUCUCGAUGAGAAUGACCCAUUGAACAGGCCAGAAGGUGGAGAAAGCGUUGAUGAUGUUGUGGCUAGACUCACAAGGGCUCUUGCAACAAUUGAGGCACAGUUUCAGGGGUGUACAGUAUUGGUUGUGGGCCAUGGUGACCCUCUUCAAAUCCUUCAAACAAUACUUAAUGCUGCUAAGCAACACACAGGACCCAACUGUGAUAGCUUGGAAUCAAGAAUUCAAGCAGUUAGAACCCCUCCUAUCUUGUCCCAGCACAGGAAAUUUGCACUGCAAACUGCAGAGCUCAGGGCAGUUAUAUAAUAGAAAAGACCCCUCAAAAUCUGAAGUUUGCAAAUUGUUGUUUUCUCUUAGUAGAUUCUCUACUGAAAAUUUCCCAGCUUUGGUAUUGUUGAUCAUAGGCUACUGUCUAAUAAUGCUUAAUGCAGUGUCUAAUCAUGCCAACAUGACAUGUCAAUUGCUAACUAUAUAAGAUAACCAAGAGUAUUAUAACGCUUUUAAGCAUGAAAGAUCAUGGGGAAGAACUUGUUCGACGUCUUAAUUCCAAAAAUAGUUCAUUGGCUUAUGUAUGUCCUUUGGAACGAUUAAAUACAAGUAUUUGAACAUUCUCA